UUGUGUUAAUGAUCUCAGUUGUCUUGUUUUAGUUUUAAAAAGAACAGGUUUACUUUUCCAAUGAAAAUUUGUUUCAAUCAACGCAACAGAAAAAGUGCGAAACGAGAAAACCAGUAGCUCUACGUACUAUUUGUUUUCCCGGAAAUAGUCACCCAAGAUGGCUGCACUCUUGUAAGAAACCGGCAACUUGCACAGUAUUGUACAAGACACGAUCAAAUUACAGGACUCCUAGAGAAUAGAUCUUUGAAUGAGUUCCGUAUAACGCAGUACCCCGCAUAGGACGAUCCCGGAAGCACCGAAAAUUUGUCCUCCUUCUCUUCCUAACCGAGCAUUGAGCAGGGUGUCAAGCUAUCUUCACGGAUCCUCCCACAGGAUAUCAUUUGUUGAAAGACAAGGUUCUCUGACAGAUAUUUUCCGCAAUACUGCUGACACCUGAUACACAAAAUGGCGUCUGAGAGCGACGAGACGACGCGGUUUGUGGAGCGAACGGAAUCCACUAUCGGAACCCCGACCCCUAGCCAGAUCAGCGCCAAGAAAGUGCUCAUUCGGAAGUCGUCAAACCAGGAAAAUGACUUGCACAAUCUCGAGAGGUCGGAGGUGAACGUAGAGAUCGGGGGUUUCCGCGAGACCGUUCUGAGCUCUUCCGAGAAGGUUGUCUCGUCCACGGUGCGCACAGUUUACGAGCGCUCGGCCAGCGGUGGCAGUUCGGGAAAUGACGUGGACUCUGAAUGUGGCUCCAGUGUCGAUGCCUGCAGAGAUUCCGUGUUCACAGAUCACGUGAGUCUAGGAUUGGGUGUAGGCGGGGCUGGGAGGGAACGCCAGUUGUCGUCAGAGUCGCACUACAUCUCACAGACUUAUUUGAUCAACUCCAGCGACAAGGCCUCGCGCUCGGUGUCCGCGGUGAAGGACGUCAAGUUCAAAUGCUCGAGAAAGAUUAAUCUUGGCGGGAAAGGGGACGGCGAGUCCAAGGAUCAAGAUCAGGCGGGUGACCAGGAGGAAGAUUUAAAGUACAUUGACAGGUGCGAAGUGGUCAUACCGGGCGAUGACCCCAGCAUCUUAGAAAGUGGUGACCAGCAAAGCUCUGACCGUAAUUCCUUGUCCGACAUGAGCCAAGAAGAGGAUCGUGAGGUGCUUCAGAUCAUGCAGUCAGUUCGCGAGGACGUGCAACAGAUGAUAGAGACCAGCUACCGUGUCAGCGACAUCUCCGAUAUCAUCGACAAUGACAUGAACCCAGAGGCGAGAAAACAGUUUCGAUCGGCCGAAACAUCCAAGAAAACGUUGUCAAAUGCUGAAGCCAGCAUGAGAGUAUCCUCAAAAGAUGGAAGUUCCUCAACACGAGUUGAAAGUGCGGCUAUAAAUAUACCACCCAGCCCAAAACGAAAAACUGUGGGAAGUUCGUCCGAGUCAAACACGAAUCAGCUCUCACCCGAUGACGAUUCCCCGCCCCGACUGGCCUAUUCGCCUGGCCUCGCCAUCAGGAGCUAUGCUAUGGAAGAGUUGGCAGAGAAAAAGUCACGGACGACACCAGAGCGCAUGGAGGCCGCUGCGAAAUCCCUGAGGUUCGACUUCGAUUCUUCCGAGGUGGAUCUCAGCAAAGGCAGCUCGGUAGACCAGCUAGAUUCCAUCCCUCGAUUGUCCGCUGUAGAUUUCUCACGAACGAAAAAGUCGCCCAGAGAUGAUCAGAGUGAGAGAACGAGUAGCACCCAAGACAUCCAGAUGUUCAAGCUGACCAAAGUCCACAAGGUGUCGUUGUCUGAUGACUUGUCCUACACGGACUCUCAGACUUCCCAGGACGACGCUGUAACGUUAGAGGAGCAGCGGGAGGCGGAGGACCGGCUGGAGAGCCUGGUGGACCUGCAGUCCCUACAGGCGGGAUACCGUUUCCACGACGUGGGCAUCAUGCAGAGCUACAGUGGCGGAGGGAUCUGCAACCCUGCUUUUGACGACGAGUACGAUGAAGCUCCGCCUCAGGGAGGAGCGGUGGACCAACAAGUCUCUUACCAAGUAGGUCAAGCUUCGGCUCAGACGCAAGCCAUCAGCUCUGACAGUAAGUCGUCAACGCUGAGCGGCCAGGAUGCUGUCACUGCUCAAGUUACCUCCUCACGGGAGACGUCUGCUACCCUCACUUCUGCAGCAGGGGUACAGUCGAUUUCUUCAGAAAACCAAGUGCAAGAGGUUCCGAGCGCGACAGAGACACAGGCGCACAGUUUGGACAACAGGUCUUCCACUCUCGCCGGCCAGGCUGCUGUUUCAGUACAGACGAGAGCGCUCAGCGAGACGCCCUCUUCCACUCUGCUAUCUGGCUCUACUAUGCAACAAACCGUGGUUGUUGAUAAGUCUCAAGAUCUCAUGUCAAGUUCUACUGACCGUCAACACGUCAGUUUAGACAGCCGGUCUGCUACUGUGAGCGGACAGGAGCAGUCCACAGUACAAGCUGGCGUUGCGUUCCAGACUUCUAGUCUCCUUACAUCAUCGUCUGCCGUGGAAAAUGUCUCACUAGCCAGUAAGCAGGAUGAGUCAAAGGUCAUGCCAGAGGGUACAUCAUCUACUUCUGACUCGAGAUCGACCACUUUAGGUCCGCAAUCCGAAGCCAACGUACAGGUGUCAGCUUUCUCAUCGACGACGCUCACAUCAAACUCGUCGGUUCAGCGCUUGUCCAGUUCGGAGAAUGUUUCUCUUUCACAGCAAAGAAAUGAGGUUAGUGUCGAGUCCAAGAGUCAGCAAUCUGUCGUUGACAUGGUCUCGAAAGCCACGAUCGUCCACGGUCCACCAGUCCCGGUUACCAGAAGGUUCAAUGUUGGGAAGAAGUUUGAGUCGGCUCUGAAAUCCAAAGGCGCGACACUACUGUCCGAAUCGCUGUUACUGGACACAUAUUACGACACCCGCAGCUUCGAUCUCACUCUGUCAGACUGCUGGCUCCGGAGCCGCAACGGUCUGUGGCAGCUGCACGCCAACUUCACCAAACUGCUCAACGGUCACACCGACCACGAGUACACAGAAGUUGAGAACGUUCAGUCUAUCGUCGAUUCCGUCAGCCAAAUAACGGGUUUCAAAAAGUCCACCAAGAACCGGUCCAUCGUGUCGUUCCUACAGAGCGCGGGCCUGGUAGAGUUUGUCCGCUACAAGACGACCUUGAAGACGUACCAGCUGGGUGACCUCAAAAUCGACCUUCACCUCCCCGAGUAUGGCUUCUGGGUUGGGAGCGUGACGGCCUUUGCUCCGAGCAAGUCAAGGACACACGAGGGGGUCAAGGCCAUACAGAACUUCUGGAGCACAACAGGUGCAGGCUGUUGGUCAGCGACCAGGGCAGGACGGUGAGCCUGAUGAGCAUGUCGGCAGCCCUGAGUGCUCACUGGACCAAACAGCUGUGACGUCAUGGAUCUUCAGACAUUGAUACGUCGUAUACCUAAACGCAUAUAUGAUAUAGAUAUAUUACAUACAUGUAUUUAUCUGUCCAACAUGUAUUUGUGUUGUAUAUGUAUGCACACACACACACACAC